AUGCUUUUAGAUGAGUUUACCACCAAGCUUUUGGCAUCCUGUUGCAAAAUGACAGAUCUUCUAGAGGAAGGUAUAACUGUUGUAGAGAAUAUUUAUAAGAAUCGUGAACCUGUCAGACAAAUGAAGGCUCUUUAUUUUAUCACUCCAACCUCAAAGUUCCUAUUGAACCUUUGCCCUGAUAAUCUCUUUAACAAAAUUAAGACUUCUUGCUCCAAGUCAAUAAGAAGAUGUAAAGAAAUAAAUAUUUCCUUCAUCCCACAUGAAUCUCAGGUGUAUACUCUGGAUGUACCAGAUGCAUUCUAUUACUGUUACAGUCCAGACCCUAGCAAUGCAAAUGGAAAAGAUGCCAUUAUGGAAGCAAUGGCUGAGCAGAUAGUUACAGUCUGUGCUACCUUGGAUGAAAAUCCUGGAGUGAGAUACAAAAGUAAACCUCUGGAUAAUGCCAGUAAGCUUUCACAGCUCGUUGAAAAAAAGCUUGAAGAAUACUACAAGAUUGAUGAAAAGAGCCCAAUAAAGACAUCACUUAGUGCUCUUGCCCAACUGAUGAAAAAGAUGCCCCAUUUCCGUAAACAGAUUACUAAGGUAAGCAGAACUACAGAAGAAAAUUUGGACAGGUUGAUCCAGAAUGUAAAGAUAGAAAAUGAAAGUGACAUGAUUCGUAACUGGAGUUACCUUGGUGUUCCCAUUGUUCCCCAAUCUCAACAAGGCAAACCAACACGAAAGGAUCGGUCCACAGAGGAAACUUUUCAGCUCUCUCGAUGGACGCCUUUUAUCAAAGAUAUUAUGGAGGAUGCCAUUGAUAAUAGAUUAGAUUCAAAAGAAUGGCCGUAUUGUUCGCAGUGUCCAGCAGUAUGGAAUGGCUCAGGAGCUGUAAGUGCUCGCCAGAAACCCAGGGCUAAUUACUUAGAAGACCGAAAAAAUGGGUCAAAGCUGAUUGUUUUUGUAAUUGGAGGAAUUACAUACUCUGAAAUGCGUUGUGCUUAUGAAGUUUCUCAGGCACACAAAUCCUGUGAAGUUAUUAUUGGUUCUACGCAUAUUUUAACACCCAAAAAGCUGUUGGAUGAUAUAAAGAUGUUGAACAAACCCAAGGAUAAAGUCUCCUUUUUUAAGGAUGAAUAAAGCCAUCCUUUUUUUUGGCGGGGGGGGGGCUUUUACAGAUCCUUAUUAAUAUGUUAAACUAAAUAAAAUAGAACAAGAAAAUGUUGCUUUCAUGUAAUUUAAACAAUGUAAAUAUUUUA